AUUCCUCCGCCGGUGAGGGAGGUCUACCUGCAGCGGCCCCGCUCCCCGCCCUCAGUGCCCCGGGAGAUGCCAGGGAGCCCGGGGGAGGAGGAGGGCUCUGGCACAGCUGUGCAUGGGGCACUUUAAGGGUGGAACUUGCAGUCACCUGCCCGACACCCCCGGGGCCCGCGCUACCUGGGACCUCCCCCCGUCCAAGUUGUGGCUGAGCGGGAUGAUCCGGUGACAUUGAGAGCGGCGACAGCUAUGGAUGGGCACAAGUGCUGGGUGUGCGGCGGGGGCGCCCCAGUGUGACACACGUGUGCCGGGGAUGACAUAUAAGAAGCGGAGGACAUCAUGUGUGUCGGGAGCAGCCAGUGCGAGCCGCUGCGGGAAUCCUGCAGUCAGUGAGGGCGCCGAGUGACCUGUGGAGUCCCAGCAGCAGCAGCAGCGCCCACUGCACCCUGCCAGGCAGAGAAGGCGGCGGCGCCUCGCCUCCGGCCAUGGGCUCCUAGGGUGCGGGACAUGGCGAGCACCGGAGCAGUGUAGAGCCUGCACGCCCCGCGGACCCCACACUUCUACGGCUAUCCCGUGACUCUAAUACAGGGGGCUACCUGGGAGGCGGCUGCGGGGGGAGCCAUGGCUGCGGCUAUAGCCAGCUCCCUGAUCCGGCAGAAGAGGCAGGCGCGGGAGUCCAACAGCGACCGGGUGUGCACGUCCAAGCGCCGCACCAGCCCCAGCAAGGACGGCCGGUCCCUGUGCGAGCGGCAUGUGCUGGGAGUGUUCAGCAAAGUGCGGUUCUGCAGCGGCAGGAAGAGGCCUGUCAGGAGAAAACCAGAACCCCAGCUGAAAGGAAUUGUGACAAGGUUAUUCAGCCAGCAGGGAUACUUCCUGCAGAUGCACCCAGAUGGCAGCAUUGAUGGCACUAAGGACGAAAACAGCGACUACACCCUCUUCAAUUUAAUUCCUGUGGGUCUCCGAGUGGUUGCAAUACAAGGAGUCAAGGCAGGACUCUACGUGGCGAUGAAUGGCGAAGGAUUUCUCUACAGCUCAGAUGUUUUUACACCAGAAUGCAAAUUUAAAGAGUCUGUGUUUGAGAAUUACUACGUCAUCUAUUCCUCAACAAUCUAUCGGCAGCAGGAAUCUGGCCGUCAGUGGUUCUUAGGACUCAGUAAAGAAGGACAGAUCAUGAAAGGGAAUCGAGUGAAAAAGACCAAACCAUCAUCACAUUUUGUACCAAAACCUAUAGAAGUGUGCAUGUACAGAGAGCCAUCGCUGCAUGAAAUUGGAGAGAAGCAAGGACGUUCAAGAAAAAGUUCAGGGACACCAACCAUGAAUGGUGGAAAAGUUGUUAAUCAAGAAUCAACAUAGCCAAAAUCCUGCCCUGUCCUGAGAGUGAACCCUCUGGAAAGUCAGAAAUAAUACAUAUAAACUGACACAAAAGGUUUCCGCUGACUACUUUUUUGAAGUCAAGUUUUCUUCUUUGGAUAGAACAAAGAAAUGGAAAUUGAAUUGCCUCUGCAAUGUUUUAAACCAGUCAGA